AUGAGGGCCAAGGGAGAUGGUGUGGGGAACAUCCAGGACCAUGUCUGCAUGGUGAACCUCAUGAAGUCUGCUCCCUUCGUGAGUCUGGCGUUCCAUGCGAGACACGAAGCCUACUUGGAGAAGGGGCCCUUCUGGUCCUGCGCCAGCAUCCCGCACCAGCUUGGGUCCCAGGCCGGCCCGCCCGGCCUACCUCAGGAGAAACCAGCCCAGGACCCCAGACAAACAGCCAGCCAGUACCGGUCCAGCCUGGACUUGAAGGCCAAGAGCAAGAGCCAGCGCAGCCCCAAGCCUCAGCCCGAGACCACCAGUCCCAGGCUAGGCAGUGAGGUGCAGAACGAGCCCAGAGAAGGAGCCCAGCACAGCAUGAACAAAGCCCGGCGAAGCUCUCAGAACCGAGAGGGGGCGCAGCUGCGGGACAGUCCAGCCCUUCCCCCAGCGGGCGGAGGGAUCUACAUCCGGGUCCUUGAAAUUCACAAGGCCUUUACUCAAGAUCCUGGCAGUGAUCAACCCCUGAACAGCUUCGAUGUCACCCCUCUGCACAAACCCCGCACUCCCCUGGAGACCUUCAAAAAGGUGGGAGUCCCCAUCAUCGCAGCACUGCUGAGCCUGGCGACCAUCAUCAUCACGGCUGUCCUCAUCAAGGUGAUUCUGGACAAAUACUACUUCCUGUGCGGGCAGCCUCUCCACUUCAUCCCGAGGAAGCAGGUGUGUGACGGCCAGCAGGACUGUGCCUCAGGGGAGGAUGAGCAGCUCUGUGUCAAGAACUUCCCCGAUGGGUCCCCGGUGACAGUCCGCCUCUCCAGGGACCGAUCCACUCUGCAGGUGCUAGACCCGGCCACAAGAAGCUGGGUCUCUGCCUGUUUCGACAACUUCACAGAAGCUCUGGCCAAGAUAGCCUGUGGGCAGAUGGGCUAUGACAGCAAACCCUCCUUCAAAGCUGUGGGGAUUGGCCCAGACCAAGAUCUGGAUGUUGUCGGAAUCACAGAGAACAGCCAGGAGCUUCAGGUGCGAAACCUAAGUGGGCCCUGUCUCUCAGGCUCCCUGGUCUCCUUGCACUGUCUUGCCUGCGGGGAGAGCCUGAAGUCCCCUCGGGUGGUGGGCGGGGAGGCGGCCUCUGUGGAUUCUUGGCCUUGGCAGGUCAGCAUCCAGUACAACAAACAACACAUCUGUGGAGGAAGCAUCCUGGACCCCCAUUGGAUCCUCACCGCAGCCCACUGCUUCAGGAAGCAUCUCGAUGUACCCAACUGGAAGGUGAGGGCUGGCUCGGACAAACUGGGCAACUUCCCAUCCCUGCCUGUGGCCGACAUCUUCGUCAUCGAGCUCAACACCACGUACCCCAAAGAGAAGGACAUUGCCCUCGUGAAGCUGCAAUUCCCGCUCACGUUCUCCGGCACAGUCAGGCCCAUCUGCCUUCCCUUCUUUGAUGAGGAGCUCCCUCCAGCCACCCCACUCUGGGUCAUUGGAUGGGGCUUUACGGAGCAGGAUGGAGGAAAGAUGUCUGACACGUUGCUGCAGGCGUCAGUGCAGGUAAUUGACCACGCUCGGUGCAACGCAGAGGACGCCUACCAGGGGGAGGUGACCGAGAAGAUGCUGUGCGCGGGCAUCCUGGAGGGCGGCGUGGACACCUGCCAGGGUGACAGCGGCGGGCCCCUGAUGUAUCACUCUGACCUGUGGCAAGUGGUGGGCAUCGUGAGCUGGGGCCAUGGCUGUGGAGGUCCGAGUACCCCGGGAGUAUACACCAAGGUCACAAGUUAUCUCGACUGGAUCUACAGUGUCCGGAAGUCUACACUAUGAUGCUUCCGCCCCUCCGUACUGCUGGGAGCUCCUUCCCCCGUGUCCUGCCUCCCUGGGGAUCCCCCAGAAGUCAGACGGAGCAAGAGCCCCCUCGGGCGCACCUCUCUGCCCACAGCCCCAGCAUUUCUUGGUGCAGCAAAGGGCCUCCA